AUGGGAGGCGAUUGUGAAUCCUUCCCUGUGGAUGCGUCGUUUCCACUCUUUCCUGGAGAGUCGCCGCCAGCGCAGUGUCAAGAUGUCGCCCGGGACGGAGAAAGUUAUUUCCAGCCUGUCAAUCAGUGGCCAGAUACCGACUGGAACCGCCGCCACAGUCGAGCGCGAGGACUGCCGCAUCCCAAGGAGUCGCUACCGCGUUCCGCCUCUCGAAAAUAUGGACCUGAAGCCUCGACGUCUCAGCCUCGCCAGGUCUCUCGUCCCGGCUCGGCGACGGCACAUCCAAACGCCUGGUUCCAGCUCUCCUUCCAUGGUAACGGCGCUGUGGCGUCUACCGAGCGCUCGUACGAUGAUCUCACGGAAGGGGCGUACGCGCGCGCCCAGCCGGGUGACCGAUCCCGAAAUCUCUGUGGAGCGGCUUCGACGCCCUGGCAGUCCAAGAACGUGGACGCGGCUGUCUCUGCGGGGCAUCACCACGUGAGCGAAAUCUCGUACUCUGACCCUGUGCGGAAACUUGCUUUGUACUCUCCACCCUACCCGCAUUCUCGAGAGGACUGCUCGUGCACCCUGAGCGACUCCAAGGAGACCAGUGUGGCGGCACUCGACGCUGCGGAAAGACUCCACUCUGACUUCGCCAAGAAAACACGGAGGCGGCGGGAAAAGGACGGAGUGCCUGUGGGCUGCGGACAGCCGUUCCCGCGCGCCUCCCGCCAGGCGAAUGAAGAGGGGAACACAGGAUCCGCGCCCUGGAGACCGGGAAGGCUGGCCGGAGGAGCGCAGUCUCCGGCCUCGACGGGGACGAGCUCCGAGCCUAAGCGGCGGAAAACGGAAGAAAGGCUGCGGACGCGCGAGCGCUGGCGAAACAGACUCCCCGAGGAAAGAGAGGCGAAGCGUGAAGCGCCCCACGCGGCUCACGUGAAAGCAGUCGAAGCGAGGAACGGAAAUGCGCGAGAAGAGCAAAGCACGGCGCACGGAGACGGCGAGAGCCGGCCUGCUCCGGAAGAGCGGAACUCGGCGCGUCGCGCCUGUUCGAGAUCUGCCGGGAGGCCGCCGGCCAGCUCGGACCCGUCAGCGCAUGCAAGACUUCACUGGGGGACGGAGGGAGAGGCGAGAACGCGAAAACAGGCGCUGCGGAAGGACACCGGCCCUCACGGUGACAGGCGCUCCCCGGACCGGCAUCAUGAGGUCGCGUCGGCGCACUGCUUGGAAGUCGAUCCCUUUGACUGCGCGAGAGGCGACGGCGCUCUCCGACGCAGAAACGCACACCACUCGUGUUUCUGUUCCCCGAGGGACGCAUCGGAAGAGGCCCCGGCGACGCUCCCGGUGCGGCCGGAGACGCGGAGCGCGAUGUCGCAGGCCGACAGCGAGCUCAGUGAAGACGAGCGAGCUCAGCGCGACAGGGGCGUGCGCAUCGGGGAGCAAAGUGCCUCGUCGCGAAUGUACGCACGCGACGCUGAGGGAACCCGCGAGCCUUGUGCCUCGAGGCGCGCGUCCAGGCGUUCGCUUCGCGGCUUGGCCGCCCCACAGUCUUCCGAGAGACAGGACUGGUCGCCCACGACCGGAGAGGAAGGAUCUGCGUUCUGGGGACAGCUGGUUCCGGGCGGCCAGCAAUUGCUGUGGCAGCAGACGACGCGGCGACUGACGGUGGAGGAGGAGCAAGCCGUUGCGUGCUUUUCAGGGAACUGCGAGGAACAAGCUCUCGCGGCGGAUGGGGACGGGGCUGACCUCCAGAGUCUCGACGCGGCGCCAGGUGCCUGUCCGCAGUGCAACCCGCAACGCACGCGGACCUCAGGAUGUCAGACCCCGCACUGGACCUGGCUUCCGUCGGCUCUUCUCUUUGGCGAGGAGUCGCGAGAGGCCCUAAGCCCCGACACGGACGUGCGCGACUCGGAGCGCAGGAGAGGCGACGUGCCUUCGGAGACGAAGAGGCUGGUGCAUUUCGAGUCAGGCUUCUACGACGCGUCCGACCCCGGCCAGCCCGAGGACCUCCACCUUCUGCUGCAGGAAAAGGAGCGGUGCAUGCGCGGCCUGGAGAGACAGCUGAGCGCCCUGCAGCUGGAACACCGCACCUUGCUCGCGCUGGCUGACGGGCCUUCUGCGCUGUCUCCUGUCUAUCUGCGCGCGCCUGAGGGGAGUGGGAGACAGGACGAGAGGGCGUCCUCGAAGGCGCGGAGUUCGAGCGAACCCCCGGAACACGCCGAUCAGAUGCCGUUCGCGUUCCUCACUCACAGGGGCUCCCUGCGCUGGACGCGUCCGAGAGAUGACUCGCACGUCCACUCCCACAGCGGCGGCAAGGCGCGUCCGGAAGUUCGCGUCCCGGGACACUCCACGUCGGACUCCAAGUUCCUGGACGAACAGCGUUUUUUCCCCGCUCUGCCGCUCUACGGAGAGGAGACGCGGUUUGGAGUCGACGCAGGCCGCUCCGGCAACGUUCAAACUUUCCCGCUUUUUCAGAGGCUCACUGACCCGUGCACGUCGGAGUGCGUCGACCAGAGGAAAGGAUCCGCGGGGAAUCUCGGCCACGCAAACCGUCUGAGAGAAGAGAAGCUGUAUCGCCACUUCCCUUCACGACUGCAGCUCCAGCGACAUGGUCAUCUUUCGGAACAAAGUAAGGCGCCUCUCGCUUCCCACUGGCGAGGCGAGGGCGACGUGGAGGACUGUGACCGCGCGAGAGUCGGAGACACUGCUGCAGGAGACAGGCGCGGAGCGCGGUGCCCGCCUCCGGCGCCGCCAUUCCUCCAAGAGAGACAGUUCAGCGAGGACGGGAGAGAGGCUGCUUGGCUUGGGACGCAUCGGAGAGCGCGAGGAAGUCGCCAGCGUUUCCCUUCGUGGCAUGGCGCGGAACCCGUCGACGAGGCACGGCUGGCGACGGCGCGGCAGCGAGAGGCCGUGGUGCAGAGGAAGCGAGCGCGUUGUCAGCACGAGCGGCCUCUCCUUUCAGGGGAGUUUGCGUGCCGCGCAAGCCGGGCGCACAGAGCUGUCCCGCCGCCAGGCUUUCCCCGCCUUGCCACGGCGCCCGCGUCGCUGGGCGAGACUUCCCUCGGAGGCUGCGGCAGCUUCCCAGGGCGCGGAAGUGGCGACGCAGGCGACGCGGGCGGAGGGCGAAGCCUGUGCCCAGAGUGUGACACGUGCUUGUGGAGGAAGAGGUGUCGGCCGCAUGCGUUUUUCGACGGCGAAGGCUUGCCGGCGGGCCGGCUGGGGGGUCGUGACCAUGUGGAGCACUUGCCGCGGCUCUACGGUCCUUCUUGCUCGGACGGGACCGACGGCGGAGAGGCGGAGGCCUUCUACAGGCUGCGUGACGACCUGCGAGGUGGAGAGACAGCGCGAGAGUUCUCGUUCGCUUCUGGCCGCGACGGCGAAGUACCAGCGGCGUGCUGUUUGGAGGCCUCGUGGGAGGCCGCGCAGUGGCGAGCAAGGGAAGCUGGCAAGAGGGAGAAGCCGGCGGGGCGGGAAGGAAGAGGGAAGGGAGAGAAGGAAGAAUGUUCUGCGCAGAGACGACACGGAUUUGCGCCCUGGGACCGACACGCCGAGCCGCAGGGUGCGGAGCUAGACCGGUCACUGUCCUCUGGGCACUCGCACGCGCAGCCGAGUUCGCAGGAGGCCCGAGAGGAGAGGGAUCGGCAUCCCGUCGCGAGAGUAGCUGUCGAGGUUCUUCGGAAAGUCAAAGAGCGCCGCAGAGAGGUCGCACGAACCCCCCUGGAGAGGAGCACAGAAAGAGACCACGCGCGAGAACACGACGCGGGAGAGCGGUCUGAUGUGGACAGUGAAUGGGGCGGAGCUCGGCUGGAGAGGCGAGCAGAGGGAAGCCGAAGGGGGAAGAGGGAGAAGAGGCAAGAUCCCGCCCCUGUGGAAACGAGGGGCGACGCAUCACAGAUGCACAAGCGGAGACGCGACAGCCUGGCGAAGGUCGGCGAAGGCCCAGCUGCUGAGCGAGGCGGGGCAGCGCCGAGUGGAGGGUCAGACGCAAAACCGAAAGCCGAGGCAGGCGACUUGGAGAGGAGGACGACGAGCGAGACGAAACGGAGGGGGAGGAGGAGCGGCGACCAGACGAUGAAGGCCGAGGCGCGCGAGAGCAGAAAGCCGAGUGGCCACGAGGGAGGUCAGGCCUGUGUCGACCGAAGCGACGAGGCGGGGGAAGACGGAGAGAAGGGGAGAGAAAACAGACGGAGAGGCGGAAACGCUUCGCGACCUUCUGCCAGGGCCAUGAAGCUCAACGCCCCGCUUCGCAGGAGUCCCCGCUUGGAAGGCCAGGAGCAGCGGAGACACGAACACACUGAGGGGAAAGCUGUCGACGCUUCGAGCGAGACAAAACAGCAGACGAUGGAAAGACGGGAGACACAGAUUCAUCCCGAGCAGGACAGCGAGAGAGCCCCAGAUCUUGAGACUCCAGAAGACACACACUCCGACAACGACCUAUUCUCUCCCACGUCCUCUGACGCGCCUGCGUCCCUUUGCACCGCUGGAGACGCGUCUUUUCCGCGGACUGGGAAAGGAGGGGUGCGGGGCGAGGCGUUCUCGGCGAAGCCUCAGGAGUGUCCGCGGGGUCGGAAGGCGACGCGGCGCAGUCGCAAGGCGAGAGACGGAAACCUUCUCGCGUCUCGCUCUCCGUUGCGGAACGCCUCUUUGGCUUCGUCUCCCGAACUGAACGCACGCGAAGCGAGUGCUGGUGCGUCCCCGCCGCCUUCCCGUUCUUUCCCCUUGAGUUCGAACCAUGGCUCAGGCGUGCGCGAGAAAUCGCGCGUUUUCUGCUCCCCGCCUGAAGGGGCCGUCCCGCCCUGUGAAAAGUCCACUGCAGAGGCCGUUUUUCUUCAGGAGAGCGCGUCUGGAGCGACGAUCCGCGCGCGUCAGAAGCGGGGCCGGGCUGCGGCCACUCCGAGGAAGGACGAGAAAGCGAAGCGCUCUCCCGCGGUCCACGGCGCGGAGGCGCUGCAGAAAUUGCGGCGCGAAGAGCUGGAAACGAUCCCUUCGCCGAUUGUGACGCGCAUUCGUCUGGGGCUCUUCGACCGGCUGGCUCUGAUGAAACAGAAGAUCCCUGCGGGCGAGGAGAACGCGAGGCCGUCCGCCGCGCCGCCGGAGCGCAAAGGGGACGCAGGCGCAACGAUCGACGGCGGAGGGCGAACGCCACGGCGGGGCCAAGGUGCAGGGAAGCCGCCCGGAGAAGAGAACGCUCGGACAGCCCCAGGAGAGCAGAGAGGAGACAGAGAACUGGACAAAGGAACAGGGACGGAGUCGCACGCAGCGGCCAGGCCCUCUGCAAACCAGGGAACCUCCGAUGAGGGAGGCAGAGUCGUCGCUGGGAAAGGUUCAGGUGAAGAUGAAGGAAAAUCCGGAGGGAAGGCGCCAGAGGACGGCGCUGAUGCGCUGCAAGCGCGCGCACCUGGAAUCUCCAGAGAACACGAGGAAGUUCCCAGUCUCGCCUCUUGCCCCAGGAGCGCGCUCGACGGUGAAGUUCAGGCGGGAGACAUGGUCGGCGGCCGACUUGUUCGCCGCGGAGCAGACGUGCGCAAUCGCGUGUUUUCGUCGACUUUGCUUCGGCUUAUCAACGGAGACAUGCGUGCAACAACCGAGAAGGACGUUCACCUCUUCAUCACCAACUACUGCCUGGAGAAGGGAUUGAGGCAGCUUCGUUCUGUCGUCCAUGGGAAGAAGAUGCGGAAGUGGCCGGUUGGCAAAGAUCCGCUGCUUCGAGUGCUUUUCGGCGAUGGAACCGCGUUUCCUGCGAGCAAAGCAGAAAUGAUGGAGGCUCUGCGCAAGAACAAACACAUCACGUACUUUUCCAUCGCGUAA